CGAAGCAAGAGCCGGCACGCAGUCGCGGCGCCAGGCUCCCAAACUUCACUUCCGCGCACAAUCUCUCGCUCCAUCACGCAAACCCGCGCUGCGGAAUUGAUCAACCCCGACGGCAACAACCACGGACAGCAACAACAGGGGGCAUCAUUACAGUAUCGUGGGGGUGAAGGCAUCAUCGCGCAUUCACAGCUCUCCAUCGCCAUCGUCAUCGUCAUCGUCAGGGUGGAAGAAGUCUGUUGUUACUGGGUUCGUAGAAUCCGUCGAUUGCUUGUAUAACUCCCGCUGCCGCUACGCAUGACCCGCGCCGUGGGUCUUCGUUGUCAUGGGCUCUGAACAGGCAGGUUUAGGGAGCGUUGAGGUUUGCCAUCUCUGACGGCGAGGGUGGUGGUGGUGGUGGAGUUUGAUGAUGGUGGUCAUGGUUGUGUUCGUGACGUUGUGAAGGAAGGCGAUUGGUUGGGGAGUGAGGAGCAAGAAGGUGUGUGUGGGUGGGUGGGUGGGUGUUGAGAGUUGGGAGUUGAGAGAUUUGGAGGUCUGGGAGUGGGUACGGUUGUGGAGUAAGAUUGAAAUGGUCGCGUUGGGAGAGUUCUGAAGGUGGGUUGUUGAUAGUCUCGUGGCUGCUUAAGAGUUGUAAGGUUUUGAGUGGUUUGGUGUAGGGAUAGGAAGAGUGGGGGGAGAGGGGGUGAGGAGGAGAGAAAGAGGAGGUUUGGUGAGUGAUUUGGCGCGAUGGGUUUGGAAUUCAAGCCCUAUUUUACGUGGGAGGCGGAGGAGCACGAUCGCCAUGUGAAUAAGUGUGGCGAAGAGAAGCAGCAGCAGACGACGACGACGUUCGCGCCGGCGGACAGCGAGCAGAGCGAUGUCUCUGAGAGUUUGAGUGGGCAUAUUGUGGCGAGUCGUGGGAGUAGUGAGGCGGAGGCGGGCACUGACGGGGAAUCAGGGUUGGUGUUUGCGAAUGGGGUCGCAGCGGGUGCGGCUGUUCCUGCUUCGAGUCCGGGCACCGGGAUCAGGGAAUUGGUGGCGUCGCUGACAGCCAUGAACGCGGAGAAUCGCGAGUAUGCAGUAAUGGUGGCGUCGGAAGAGGACAAUGUGAACGAGUACAAGAGCUUUUUUUCGAUUGUGCUGGAUUACCCUCAGUUUCUGGGGCAGGGGGAGACGAAGGACAGCGCGCUUAGGCAGGCCAGCAGAUUUUUGCAUUACGCUUUCGGGUCGGCCAUUCUGAAAAACGAAGCGAUUCCUGCUCCCUCGGGUGGUGCCGAAUUGGAGGCAAAGAAGGCGAUCACGGAACGAGACUGGCUGAUGGCGAAACUGGAGAACUUCUCCAUGGAGCUUGUGCCUCUUCAAUUCCAGGCCGGCGUAGACUAUAUGGCACGUCCACCUGAAAGUGAUGACGAGAGCGAUCAUGAGGACGAAGAGUUAUUUGAGCUGGAGAAUAGGAUGAGCACACCCUAGGUGUGCUGUUGAGAGGAGACGGUUAAUUGAGGAAGGAGCCAGGAAGCAAUGGAGUUAGCAGGCAAGCGUGUAACAAAGUUUUGGGUGAAACUAUGAGAAUCCGUGUAGAUAGAAAACAAGGUCUGUUCUUGUGUCCACGUGUUGUGGUCCGAGAUUGCAAGGUCGCAUGACUUAAUAGUGACUGUACAGCAAUUGUGAUUGAUACACAUCUAGUGUUUACAGUUCAAUUUUCCCUUUCAGAUGUUGGUCACCUUCAGGAUUUGAUUGCUUGGAGGAUUGUGCUCUUCUGCUGAGCAUUCUUCUGCUACUGUUGUACCAAGGGAUUUUUGGUUUCUUACGGCAAACCCAGCCAAGGAGUGUUCUUGUGCACACCUCCACUUCAUAUGGGUACCCACCAGUUGUAGGAAACAUGUUUAUCAUUGCUUAGAACAGGUUAAUUGUUAGUAUUUUGAAAUAAGUUUUCUGCAUUUAUUCUAAACAAACCGUGCAUUGAAUAAGAACAUACCGUUCUUUUCAUUUUGGUUUCAUUAAGUAUUGUAGUUUUUUGUUGAGUUGACUGUAUUGUAGAUCGUCUCGACCAUUUUUUUCUUCAAGAAUGCAGUAUUUCUCUUUUUC